GUACCCAAAGAGCUGAUAAUACUGUUCAGCCUGUUGGAGUGGAAUGGCAGAGUCAGAAGAAUGUCUUCCAAGCAGGCCACCUCUCCAUUUGCAGCUGAUGGAGAGGAAACAACGAACCAGGACUUAGCAUCACAAGAGCAGGAAGAAGGCAACAAUGAUGAUCUUGUGGCUCCCCAUCUGCCUCUGCACACUAUAUUGCACAACAAACCUCACUCCGAGGAGCUACCAACUCUAGUCUCUACAAUCCAACAAGAAGCUGACUGGAACAGUGUUAUCUCAACCCAGCAUAGAAUGGAGUCAGAAAGUAAUAAGUUAUGUUCCUUAUAUUCCUUCCGAAAUACUUCUACCUCACCACAUAAGCCCGAAGAAGGAGGUCGUGAUCUAAUGACCAGUGUUAAUUUUGGAACUCCAGAACGCCGCAAAGGAAGCCUUGCCGAUGUGGUGGACACACUGAAACAGAAGAAGCUAGAGGAAAUGACCAGAACAGAACAGGAGGAUUCAUCUUGUAUGGAAAAGCUACUUUCUAAAGACUGGAAGGAAAAAAUGGAAAGAUUAAACUCAAGUGAACUCCUUGGAGAAAUUAAAGGUACACCUGAAAGCCUUGCAGAAAAAGAGCGACAGCUCUCUACCAUGAUUACCCAGCUCAUCAGUUUACGAGAGCAGCUACUGGCUGCCCAUGAUGAGCAAAAAAAGCUGGCAGCAUCACAAAUUGAAAAACAAAGACAGCAGAUGGACCUUGCACGCCAACAACAAGAGCAGAUUGCAAGACAACAGCAGCAACUUCUGCAACAGCAGCACAAAAUCAAUCUACUGCAGCAGCAAAUUCAGCAGGUUCAGGGUCACAUGCCUCCGCUCAUGAUCCCAAUUUUUCCACACGACCAGCGGACAUUGGCAGCGGCUGCUGCAGCCCAGCAGGGUUUUCUUUUCCCCCCAGGAAUAACUUAUAAACCAGGUGAUAACUAUCCUGUGCAGUUCAUUCCAUCAACAAUGGCAGCUGCUGCUGCUUCUGGACUCAGCCCUUUACAGCUCCAGCAACUCUAUGCAGCUCAGUUGGCCAGUAUGCAGGUUUCACCUGGAGCCAAGAUGCCCUCUACCCCUCAGCCGCCAAACAUAACAGGUGCACUUUCACCUACUGGGAUGAAAAAUGAAAAGAGAGGGACCAGCCCUAUAUCUCAAAUUAAGGAUGAUGCCGCACAACCACUGAAUCUUUCAGCCCGACCCAAGACGGCUGAACCUGUCAAAUCCCCAACGUCACCAACACAGAGCCUCUUCCCUACUAGUAAAUCAAGCCCGGUGAAUGUGGCCAAUAAAAGUGGACUUCCCAGCCCAAUUGGUGCAGCUCUGGGAAGAGGAUCUUCUCUAGACAUCCUUUCCAGUCUUAACUCACCUGCCCUAUUUGGGGACCAGGAUACAGUAAUGAAAGCCAUUCAGGAGGCUCGAAAGAUGAGAGAACAAAUUCAGAGGGAGCAGCAACAACAACCACAUGGCAUUGAUGGAAAAAUUCCCUCCAUGAACAACAUGGGUAUAAACAACUGCAGAGCCGAAAAGCAGGAAAGAACACAUUUUGAAAACUUAGGCCCACAGUUAUCAGGGAAGCCCAAUGAAGAUGGAAAACUGGGCCCAGGAGUCAUUGACCUUACAAGGCCAGAAGACGCAGAGGGAGGCACCACUGUGGCUGAAGCUCGAGUCUACAGGGAUGCCCGGGGCCGAAGUAGCAGUGAGCCACAUAUCAAACGACCAAUGAAUGCUUUCAUGGUUUGGGCAAAGGAUGAACGUAGAAAAAUUCUCCAAGCUUUUCCUGACAUGCACAACUCCAAUAUUAGCAAAAUCCUUGGCUCUCGAUGGAAAUCCAUGUCAAACCAAGAGAAACAACCUUACUAUGAAGAGCAAGCACGACUAAGUAAAAUCCAUCUAGAGAAGUACCCGAAUUACAAAUACAAACCCCGACCAAAACGCACCUGCAUUGUUGAUGGUAAGAAACUGCGUAUUGGAGAAUACAAACAACUGAUGAGAUCCCGAAGACAGGAGAUGAGGCAAUUUUUUACUGUAGGGCAACAGCCUCAGAUUCCGAUAACUACAGGAACAGGUGUGGUCUACCCUGGUGCUAUUACGAUGGCAACUACUACACCAUCACCUCAAAUGACAUCUGAUUGCUCCAGCACCUCUGCUAGCCCUGAGCCCAGCAUCCCUGUCAUUCAGAGCACUUAUGGCAUGAAGACAGACAGUGGCAGCCUUGCUGGAAAUGAAAUGAUAAACGGGGAAGAUGAAAUGGAAAUGUACGAGGACUUUGACGAAGACCCCAAAUCAGACUAUAGUAGUGAAAAUGAAGCCCAUGAGGCUGUUACUGCCAACUGAGGAUGUUUGCUGAAUUAAAGUACUCUGACUUUUUUUGUUUUUUUUUUCUUUUGAACAAAAAGUUCUUAAAUGAGCCUGCAUGCAUGUGUGGCUCCUACAGUUACAUCUGCAGAAUGGUCUUAAAUGUUUCUUAAUGUGUGACUCAGAUUGUUCCCUAAUUUUUCAUGAACUUUUUUUUUAAUUUAGGCGAAGACAUUAAGUAUCAGACAUUGGGACUUGAAAACUUAUAUGAAUCAGUAGCUGUCUUACAAGUCUUACCUUUUUUUGUCUUUUUUCUCCUCCUGGAUGCUGAUAAAAAGGUUUAAGUUACUGUUUUAAAUGGGGGUUUUACAUUCUCACUCAGGUAUGCUGUGCCAGCCUACAGGUCGUGAAUGUGUUUUUAUUCUGAAUUAUUUUAGAAAACAAAAACAGAACAAAAAAUACUGAAAGUUUCCUAUCAUGAAACAGAACAAGUCCUCAAGUGUGUGCAUCUGUGUAUCUUAGCUCAUUUUUUAAAACAAGGUCUCUAAAUUCCAUUUUUUCUCCACUUGUAUAGCUGAUCUUCUGAUGUGCCAAACUUUCAUAACUUUUAAAUCUUAACCUUUAAAAAAGUCUUAAGGGAGACACUGUAAAGUCUUAGACAAUCCUUUGGCAUCUUAAGAAAAACCCUAUAUAUCUUUUAAAAACUUAAUUUUCCGGAAAAUGGUAACGUACUCAGGAAUCUGGAGACAGGAUAUUCUUAAAGUAGUGAACGUGAUUGUCACAAUGUACUUGCCUGUUUGCCUCUUGAUAUAACAUCAGACGAGAAUCUUACUUAAGCACAAAAGAGCGAACACCAGCUACAGACAGGCCUAUCUUUAGAGAAUAAGGCCACCUCCAAAUCCAUUCUCUAUCCUUUUGCUUUUAACCCUACAUUCAGUCUUAAUUACAAUUUCUCUUAAAUAGUGUCUUCAUUCCAGAAUGUCAGGGUCCAUUAAAUUUUAAAAGUACUGUAGUGAUGACAUUAUCUUUUCAGCUUCUCACUAAUUUCUUUAUAAAGACACUCCCUAAAGGAGUAGUAGAAGGGCACUAAAAUUCAAAGGGACAUAUAUACAUAUAUGAAGAAUUGUUUAUUCAUGUCAAAAAACACUUCAGAAAAAUCUAUGAUAUACAGAGGAAAAAGAUAUGAAUUAAUUCAGUAUUUGCACCAUUUAUCUGUGCUAUGGGUUUGUUUUUACACACAGGCCAGACUUUAAAUAUUCAUCCAAACAGUUCCACAUGCCCAGAAGUGUUUUUGAGUUAAGUUUAUUGAGCUGCAACUCCCUCCCCUUCUCAAUACAUUGCAAGCCAGGUUUCUAUAGUAGUUUGCAAUAUGACAUGGAGUCUUGGGGGAGGGGGAAAUAACACAGAAUCUGACUGGGCUAGCGUUAGCCUUUAGACCUUCCUAAAGUAGUUUUUGUAUCCCGACCAUAUAUUCUUUAACAGUUCUAUCGUAUACAGAGACUAUAAAGAGCUAGAAAUUCCACUUAGUCUUCCAUUCUGAGUAAAAUGCUGCAGCAGUUCUUCCUGUUGUUGUUUCUAUAAACAAGCUGAAGGUCUCUCUUAGGCCAUUUCCACACACGUUGAAUAAUGCACUUUAGCAAACCUUUGGAAGUGGAUUUUUUGUUCCACACAUGGAAAAGCAGUUUCAAAUGUUCACUAAAGAGUAUUGAAAGUAGAUUAUCCAACGUGUGUGGAAGCAGCCUUAGUGUCAUCACUCUUGACCUAUCCAUCAAAUCAACAUAGGAAAAAGCCACAUAAUAUCUUAAUGUCUCAGAUAAUGUAUAAUAAAAUAAUAGCCCCAGAAAACUCUAAAGAAUACUGGGUUCAUUCCCAUAUUUUGCCAUUAAAUGAUGGUUUUAGUACACUAUUUUAAGAGUGCAAUCACAUUAUAUGCUUAAAACAUGUAAGGUUUUAAAGAUGUUAAUGCUUGUCCUGUAAGAUAACUAGCAAUUCAUAGCAAUAUUCCGAGCAUAUUGAAAAUUCAAUUAAUAUUUGUGAAGUACUUUGAGGUGUUUGGAUCAAAGGUGUUGGUGAAAUUUAACUCAACAUUUAUUUAAUUGAUAAUGAUAAAACUAACUUAAAUGAAAUUUUAUAUUGCAAGGUUAAUAAUCUGAAUCUUAAUGUAAAAAUCCAUUGGUCCAAGUAAGAUGUUGAAUGUUAGAGUUUGACCCAGAAAGCUGGAUUGAUUAACUUGAUUAAUGAAAGUCUGUAAACUAAAAUCUACUCCCCAAAUUUGUGGUGCAGCAACACCAACUUCCUCCACCUCAUUUCUCUCCUCAGAAAUUACUACAGCAGCUUACUGUCUGGCUCUUACUGUUCAGAUUCUUAGUAAGGGAGGGAUCUUUUGUUCCCAAGGUUUCUUUAUGGACUGAUGUAACCGUUCCAGAGUGGUGUUUACUCCAAAGAGGUGGCAAACUUAUUGGUACAAAAUGUUCAUAAACUCUAAUGUUUACUUACCCAAACACUAGUUUUAGCAACCCCAUUAUCUGUGUUGUGACUGCUCAAGCACCAGCCUUGUUGAGCACAAUUUUCCCCUUUACAAAGUUUAAACAUGAAUAUUUUGCAGCUGCAAUAGAUAGUGAGCCAGAUGGAGCACCUGCCAUGCAAAAUGCAAUUUCAAGCAGACUCCAUACUUACUAUAGGUUGUGUGAAGCAACACUAAGUUAAGGAUCUAUCUGAAGGCUAGUAGAGCACUCUCACCCAUCAUAGUCUUUGAUCAGGGAGAAAGAGUGCCAAGGCAUAGCAGAAGCAUCUUUACACCUUGCAUGAUAGCCAAAGAAUCUUUGGCAAAAAUGGCAAAUCAACAAAUCAUAAACAUUUGGCCAUGAUCUAGUUCCUAUUGAAAUCCUAGGCUACGGUCUACAUUACUGCUUUUUGACCAGAGCUUCCGUUCUAUGGCAGAUGUGGUUCUUUCCCCUUCUAUAAGCAGUCUUGGGAAACUGUUUUGUAUAUAGAUCAGAGAUCCUCAACCUUUUUGAGCCUACAGACACCUGUAGAAUUUUGAGAGGGUAUAGUGAGCACCACUUCAAAAUGGCUGCUAUGGGAGGUAGAGCCAAAUCUAGUAUGGCUUCCACAGAAGGCAGAGCUAAACAUACUCCUCCAUCCUUAGUUUGCAAAAGAAUCACAGAUGGGGAAUAAAGAGAAAUGAAGGAAAACCCAUGGGGAGGAAAAGAAAAAGAGAAGUGGGAAAAAGCAAGAAGAGGGAAUGGAGCCACAAGACUCAGUGCUUACCACUCCUCCUGAAUGACCCUCCAGUUGUGACAGCUAUUAUAUCUGAGGAACACCCUUUCAUUUGACAGCAACUAGCAAUUCCUGCCUACUUUUUUUGAAAAGCUUGGUGAGUGCUAGGGGAGUUAUGGGUGGGUACCAUGGUACUCAGAGGCACCAUUUUGGAGAACCCUGAUAUAGACUCUUCUGAUCUAAUUUGCAAUUUUUUUUUCAUUUCCAUGACUUCAGUGGCUUUUAUAUUAUGAUCCAUGGCCAUUUCCACACACGUUGAAUAAUGCACUUUCAAUGCACUUUUGCAAUCCUUUAGAAGUGGACUUUUUGUUCCACACAUGGAAAAUCAGUUUCAAAUGUUCACUAAAGAGUAUUGAAAGUGGAUUAUCCAACGUGUGUGGAAGCAGCCCAUAUUAGUAAAAUAUGCAUGGGGGGUAUUGUCAUGCUAUCAUACAAUCUUAGAGAAUUAGCUGGGAAAGUUAACAGUAUCCUUAUAAUAUUCAGUAGUAAUUGCUGGUGGUGAAGGUAAUCAGUUUUGCAGACAUUUCAGCUUGCACAAACAAAUGGGGACUGUUGAGUUUACAAGGCUAUUAUUUUGACAUAUCAACACUCUCAUCAAGCUUUAGCAGCCAUUUGUAAUCCGGAACAAAACCUCCUAUCUUUACUAUUUAUUUGAAUAGUGUUCUUGUGUCUACUGCUCAAGCAAUAAAAAUAGUCUAGUGGAGAUGAUAAAGGCAUUUGCUAGCUGGUGAGCGCCCUCUUUAUCUACCUAAGGUACUGAAAGAAAAUCCUUUGUAGUUAAGAAGAUUGCUUUGGAAUUUGAACUGCUCUGCUAUAUAUUGCUUGGAGGGGAGGUACCCAUUCUUCCCUAAAGAAUGACUAUUUAUUAAUUUCUUACAGGUUUCUUUUGUUAAUGUUAUACAUCUCUCUCCACCCUCCAUAAUUCAUGUUUUUCUUUUUGUUUCUUCAUGGAUUUUUGUUGCAUAGAUAGAAUGCUGUCUUGCGAGUAUUGUAUUUUAUGUAAUUAUUUUUGCACAAAGGCAGACAUUUAGAUUAGGGGGUUAAUUUUUUUUUAUAAAUUUUAUGACCAUGCCAAAACAAUAUUAUGCAGGCUGGUGGAGAACAAAGGACUGUUCUUUAGGACUGAAACUUGACGUUGCUCGUAGUACAAAAACACACACUCACAGAUCUUGUUUCGUAAGUGUUUUAAGCACUGGAUAUAAAUGGUAUUUUUUAUCACUUCUAACUAAUGUGAAACUGUUGUAUAAAAACAACAUGAACAAAAGUCAUCUGUUUCGACUCAUGUGGGCCUGUCUCACAGUUGCCGGAUUUGAGUCAUUUUUAUGUCUUUUAUUUCAUUUAUUUAUGCAAAAUUUGUGUAUGUAUGAAUACUUUGUUUUAGCUCCAGCCCUGUAUCUGUGUUGAUGCUAUAUUUCAUAAAGCUGCAUUCUUGACAACAAUUGGUUCUUCAGAAACAACUAAAUAGUGGGAUGUGCCAUUAUUGGACAGGGUAGGUGAGAAAGUUUUUCACUAUUAAAAAUGCGGAGCAGUUUAUUGUAUUUAUUAGCCGACUGUGGCUCUAAAGUGUCAGUAGAAAUUGAGGAAGGACAAUCUUAAGGAAGACACAGUUUUUUUGAAUUCUUAAAUGGAGCUUAAAACAAAGUUUUUAAUUAGUUCACCAUCUCAUUUUAGAUUUUUUUUAAAAAAUUGUGUAAAUAUAACAUAGGAAAUAGAAUUUUAUUUUUUGUUCAUGGAUAUUUAGUGAAGUAUAAGUUAUGUAUUUACUUUUGUUCUGUAUCAUUGAACGUUGGUCCAUAUUAAAUGCUGACAAAUCACUGUACCUCAUGUAGAUGCUGAAUUUACACCUGCAGUGUAAGAACAGUAUUGUGGACCUGUAGCUAGGAUGGCAAGAUGUCUCACUUGUGCCCUUCAUAUUUCAUAAACACUGACUAUUUCAAAAAUACUGCCCCCACUUAUAGAAUAACAAUUCUCAUAUCCUUCACUCUCUAGUAGUGGCAUUAUAUUUUUGGAAUUGCUAACACAUUAAUCAGAGAUUAUGUAACUUCACAUCCUAAGGACCGUUGCAUCAGUUUAUAGCAUUACAGACCAUGACUAUUUCAGUAAAAAAUAGUCACAUAAACCAGGGGGACAAAGUAGUUGUAACUCAAUUGAGUUCCAUUGAUUUCGAUGGGAUUUAAAAGCACAACUUUUUCUGGAUAAGAGCCCAUAACGUAAUGCCAUUGUUGCAAGGCGAUACACAGUGCAAUUCUAAGCAGAGUCACUCCAUUCUAAACCCAUUGAAAACAAUGGGCUUCAACUGGAGUAACUUUGCUUAAGAUUGCACUGAUAGUAAUUAAUUUGCUGACAUUUAUACUUAUGUAGCUCCAUUAAAUUCAUUGGAAGUAAGUUAAGCAAUGUCAGGGCAAUUCUAAGCAUAUAUACUGAGAAGUAAAUACCACUGAGUUCUAUGGGACUUCUUCCCUAGGAAGUUUGCUUUGAAUUGUAGCUGUAAUCAGUCAGUUGUUUCCAUCCUCAAAAUACAUCACUAAACAUAGUAUAUUUCACUUAAUUGGGGCUUUAGUAAAAAGCAAAUACUUAAAGAAUGGGUUGCAGAUGUGCCAGAUUUUUUAGUCCAGCCUGUAGUAAAUUUGUGUCAUGAUUUGUAGUUUGAUACGAAGCAAGACUUAUGCAAUGUCUUGAUUUUUAUUUUGAAAGCAAAUUAUGUGAAUAGCAAAAUGUAUCAACAUGAAUGGCCAAACCAAGAGAAUGGUGCUGUAGAAAGAUGUCAUUAACCAGGCCUUUGCAAGUAAUGUCAGUUAUGUUUAAUCCAAACAAACAUUAAUUGAAAUAAGAAAGCUUAUUUAAUUGCUCUCUAGAAAAGUUAAGUGGAAGACAGUGUUCUCUUGUGCACCUGAAAAAAUGAAGAUGUAAAAACUAUGAUGCCAUGCACAUAUUUUGUACUUUGUAGGUAGUAUCCCACCUUAUGCUAGAGGAAUUUACAGCCAGUUAAACUGGAGAAAGUUUUCAAACUUUGCUUAGUGGAGUGGUAGAAUACAGGCCACUGUGUGGACUGUAAACCAUGUGGAUUAUCCCUCUAUUUCAUUAAUAAAGGCAAAGUUUCUAAAGGAAUUGACUGCCAAGAGAAGACUCUCAGAAUUCUUUGUUAACACUUAGAAAUAAAAUAAUU